AUGUGUCGCCGCGCCAUUGGUUUUGACGCGCGCAUCCUGCCCUUACGCCGCUCAAGCGACCUGCCGCCUGCUGCGCAUGACCGCUGGAAAAGCUCAUUCAUUGCAUACCCGUUCGCCGUCCCGCUCCCCGCUGCCCCCCUUGACGGUUUCUGCUCCACUGCCCUCCCCCCCCAUCCCGUGCCCGACCGCGGCACCAGGACGUUUUUUUCCGCGGCCGUGUCCGACGUGGGUCGGGGACCCGCAGAAUUCGCCUUCGUGCAGCAGCAGGGGGCGCGCCUCUGUUCGCUUUCCGAGCUGCACGGCGGUCAGCACUGA